CCUUUGGCCUUAGUUUGGCCACAGCAUGUUGGCAGGUGCACUCUCCGAAUAGCCCAGUGGCCGAGAACGACUGUUCGACAGGCAGAACGUGCAGUCGAUCGGCGAUUGUCUGUGGGUUAUGUUUGAAAAUGUAUUUUGGUUCUAUUCAUUCAUUCGCCAGGGUGAACACCUCUUCUCUCCACUCUCUCGUCGCCUUCUCUCUCUUUGCCUCUCUUUGCCUCUCGCUCUCCCUCUCGCUUCGCCUUUUCUUUCUCUCUCGCACACGUUCCCUCCUUUUGGCAUACCACUUGCUUGUCCACUCGCCCACAAAGACAUUACAGAAAAAGGGCGCUUUCUUCAACAGAUCUGUCCUUGCCAUGUCUUCCUGCCACACCCCUCCUUCGACCUCUCCUGACGCAAAGAACCCCACCACCACUUCCUCUUCAUCGCUCUCUGCCAUUACUUCCUCAGCACCAUCCGCAGAUACCACCACACCCUCUCCCCCUCCAACACCAGAACAGUCUUCCGAAAUCACCUCUACUCAGGACUGCACACCCAGCACCGCCAUGACUCCCUUUGCUUCCUCAUGUUCUUCAAUCUCGCCAACAAUGUCUCAGCAACAGAACCUCGCUGCAGCUGAACCAGUCUCUGCUCUGUUCGACGUGAUUAAUCACCCUGUUAAGGAUACUCUGACGAUUGUCUCCACAUUGCUCUCUCUCCUUCUCCACAAGAACGACAGUCGAUACAAUCCCCUGUGCGACCCCAUCACAUUGUUCCAUUCAAGAGCCGUGCCCCGCAUCUCAGUCGAGGCCUACCUGACGAGGAUCCUGCAAUACAUCCCCUUCACGAACGAGGUGCUCCUGAACGUGUUGGUGUAUUUGGAUAGGAUUGGUGGGUUGGAGGGAGUGCAUCUGCACUUAAGCGGGAAGUUGUCCUCAACAACAACAGCGACGUCCGUGUCUGCCCCCGUUACUGUCUCCUCAGCAUCGGCUUCCUUCUCUGCAGCAAAUGAAAUCUCCAGUAUGGCAUCAUCAUCACCGAAGAACAACUCCGACAAUGGCCUUCCAAUGAUCUCGAAACGUGGCAGAGAGGAUAAAGAGGAGCGGGCUGAGCAGGUCAAGAGAGUCCGGUCGACAACAUCAUCACCGUCAUCAUCGUCAUCAUCAUCAUCGUGCUCUCCUUCCUCCUCCAUUUCGACUCCUGUUUCAACGCCUGCUUGUUCGCCUGCACCAGAAGGGAUGCCGUCCUACAAUGGGUUCCGGAUCAACAGCUUCAACAUCCAUCGACUAUUGAUUACGUGCCUGAUGGUCGCUGGCAAAUUCACCUCUGACUUGUUUUAUUCCAACGCUCGCUAUGCCAAGGUCGGAGGACUCAGCCUUCCGGAACUGAACCAGCUCGAGCUCGAGUUCCUGUUCACGAGCAAGUUUGAGUUGAACGUCAAGGUCGAUGAGCUGCAGCGCAUCGGAAAUGCACUCCUCCGGUUCAGAGACCGCCAUAUGGCGCGUGUCACCCAGCAGCACCAGCACCAGCAACAGCACCAGCAGCAAUACCAGCACCAACAACUACUGCUCCUUCACCUUCAGCAACAGCAGCAACAACUGCAACAGCAGCACCAGCACCAGCAGCAGAACCUCGCAGCGAUGCAGCCAGUGCAGCGAAUGGAGCAAAUGCAUUCGCCUAUCAGCCCCUGCAGUGCCUCUGCCAGCACUGCAGCCGCUGACGCGUCUGUGCCUGUACCGGGGAUGGACCAGGAUGUCAAGAUGCAGCGCCCGCAAUUGCUGUCGCCGCCAGAGGAGAAACAUUCUUGGACAGAGUCCGAGGUCCAAGAGUCCCAUGCCCAGGUUCAUGUCUAGAGACUUGAGUAUCCUUGCCAGUAUUAGUGAUGGUGGAGUUUGUUUUCGUUUUCAUUUCUCUUUGUGAUUUUUCCUUUCUUUGUUUCGUUGUAUUUAUAUCGUCCUAGCUUGUAUCCAUGUAUACUAUCCAUCUCUAUGAUGGUUUUUUUAUAUAUAUAUAUAUUGUUAUUUGCUGUUGUUUGUUGUUCGCGUUCAAUUGUUUUUGCAACCUAUAGAUUUUGUUUUUUGUUUUAUUUUUUCCCUCCUUCCUCUUUUAGCAUAGAAAAAAAAAAAAAAAAAAAAAAACAAAAAAAAAAAAAAAAAAAAAAAAAA